AUGCAUAUAUGUACCUUACGGUCAUCAGUCAAGGCCAUAGCAACACCUCCUCUACACAACACCGUCCUCGAGUCCUCGCAAUUCGCCGCCACCACCACCACCACCUCCCUCCCACCACCGCCACCGUCUCCGGCGCCGCCGUCGACCCCACCAUCGUCCCUCCCAGUCCAUCUCCCUCCCCUCCCGGUCACGGCCCCCCACCUCCUCCGCCGCCACCGGUGCGGCCUCUCCCUGCACGCUCCGCCGCAACCCGCGCCCCCGGGGCGCCCGUAGUAGGCACCGACGGAAUCGCAAUCCUCGCCCGCCUUCGACUAGGGCUCUUAAACAAUCUUACUCGACAGAUUCCGGAUUCAGCAAGUUUUUGUAGCAUCGUCUCAAAUUCAUCAAGCGAUUAACAAGUUCUUGCAAUUUUGCCCCUUAUCGCAUCCACCGGGAAGCUAAGAAACUCCGAUCCGCAGCAAUGACUGAGUAUUGGGUGAGUCAGGGUAAUAAAUGGUGCGACUUCUGCAAGAUCUUCCUAUCAAACAAUCCAGCUACCAUUAGAAAUCAUGAACUUGGUCAGCGACACAAGGAUAAUGUUGCCAAGAAGCUCAAUGACAUGAGAAAAGAGAAGGCUGCCAAGGAUAAGGAGCUGAAGGAAGCAGCUCGCGCCAUUGAACAAAUUGAAGCAAAAGCGAAGCGUAGCUACCAGAAGGAUGUUGCGAAUCUUCAAGAGGCUAAGGAGACUAAUGCCCGUGUACUGGAUGUUCAAGCAGGCGGUGAAGAGGAAUGGGAGCAUGACAGCAGUUCGGGUUAUUACUAUAGCCAGAGCAAUGGGCUUUACUACGAUCCUAAAUCAGGCUUCUACUAUUCCGAUGCUAUAGGAAAUUGGGUGCCACAGGAAGAGGCAUACAAGGCGGUCCAAGCUCCAGGGAAUCCCAAACACGGGAAACCUGUCUCUGGAAAAUUGGCGUCAUCUUCAAAGGGGAUUCAAGAUUCACAAAAAGGAGGUAUGGCUAAACCACAAAAUGUGCCAGCUCCUGGGCCAGUCGUUUCAAAAUCCUUGAAUCCCAUGAGAACAGUUAAAGGAGCCGCCUCUUCUUUUGCUGUUAAAAGGAAGAGACAAGAUGAGAAGCCGAAAGCCAUAUCGAAGGAGGAAGAAGCAGCGCUAAAAGCGAGGGAGGCUGCGAAAAGGAGAGUUGAAGAGAGGGAGAAACCAUUGCUCGGUCUUUACAGUGGAAGUUGGAAAUGAUAAAGCAAACACUCUUCUGUACUUUACAGUGCGUGUGUUUUCAUCAUAUAGACAACUUUGACUGAUUCGAUCAAUGACGAUACAAUCGUUGAUGUUUUAUGCUAAGGUGUUGCAAUGCUCUUGAGUUGAAA